UUCCUCUUAUCAGUAAUUUGGCGAAAGUGUCCUUCUAUAAUAGGCAUCCUGUUUUGAUAGAUAUAAACGGGAAAUAUUUAUGCAAAAGUGUCACAAUGGACAUAACAAGUCUUUCCAAACUAACCACAAUGCCGCGGCCAGAGGAGGCAUUACCAGGUAGGGAAGAAAAGAUGGUGGUAUCUCCAACACAUGUUGUCAAUGGCAACCCGACUCUUCCGCCAUUUCCGGAAAACAUGCAAAUGGCGAUGUUUGGAAUGGGGUGUUUCUGGGGUGUAGAAAGGUUGUUCUGGAGACAACAAGGGGUGUACUCUACCCAGGCAGGGUACUCUUCCGGUUACACGUGUAAUCCCACUUACCCAGAAGUACGAACGGGCAGAACUGGACAUGCCGAGGUUGUCAGGGUUAUACAUGAUCCGGAUAUUAUAUCAUAUAGUGAACUAUUGAAAAUAUUCUGGGAAAAUCAUGACCCGACCCUAGAAAAUCGCCAAGGUCGUAGUACAGGGACCCAAUACAGAUCUGGUAUUUAUUAUUACACCGACGAACAAAAAUCUGAAGCCGAGGCUUCCAGGGAUAAAUACAGUCGUCUGCUGCAAAGUGAAGGUCACGGGAAAAUAUUUACGGAAAUAAAACCCGUUUCCAAGUUUUACUACGCGGAGGAUUAUCAUCAACAAUACUUGCAUAAAAAUCCGGAGGGGUAUUGCGGUCUUAAAGGGACUGGUGUUUCUUGUUCUUAGUUCAUCAAUAAAUCUUAUAGAUUUUACAA